UCUGCUCUUUUCAACUUUCAGUCUUUGCUCCUCGUGAUUCUUCUCAUAAUCUGCACCAGCAGUUAUGCGCACUCGAUAAUGCCAGGGAUUAUGGACCGGAACCAGACUGGCAUUUUUGGGAUCUUCUGGAAGUGCGCACGGGUCGGAGAGCGACUUAGUCCAUAUGUCAGCAUAUGCUGUGUCUUGAUGGCAGUCUCGAUCUUUUUCGGUGGUUGA